CUUCAAGGAAAAAAGAAGACCAUCAUCAAAAAACUGAAAACCCAGCUCAAAAAACAUCGCGGGAUCAAGUGGUUUCUGUGUGUAAAGGUGAAGAUGGUCAAGUCGAGCCCCGACGGUCAGGACCAGAUCUCAACCCCCCAUUUUCGCACCAAAUGCUACACURCAGUCAAUGAUACAGAAAUUGAAAAAAACUACGUGCAUGGAAUGGAAAAGAUCAAGAACUCUUUCUUGGAGUACCAGAGAGAAGGGUCUGGAUGGUUAUUGGAAGAGGUGUUGGAAAUCGUCUUAGGAGUCGCUGCUUACACUCCUCUCGAGGGAUCGAGUUACAUACCUCUACCCAAGAAGAUCAAAGACAAGAAAGCGGUGCUCAACAUUCAAAAUGAAGAUGAAAAAUGCUUUUUAUGGUCAAUACUAGCGGCAAAACACCCUGUGGACCGGCAAAAUAACCCAAACCACAUCAACAACUAUAUGAGGUAUGAAGUUGAACUAAAUAUGUCAGGAAUCGAGUACCCCGUUCAAAUAAAACAUAUUAGCAAAUUUGAGAAGCAGAAUAGAGAAAUCAGUAUCAACGUCUUGGGGUAUGAAGAUGAAGAGCUCUUUCCCCUUUACAUUACGAAAGAAAGGAAAGAACUACAUGUGAAUUUAUUACUGUUUUCUAAAGAUAAUACGCGUCACUACUGUUUAAUCAGGGAUUUAGAUCGUUUAUUGUAUAGCAUGAAUCGACAUGAGCAUCACAUGUACCACUGUAUGUAUUGUUUGCAUGGCUUUGUCAGGCGAGAUUCGUUAGAAGAUCAUGAACCUCACUGUAGUAAACGCGGACCCCAGAAAAUCAGACUGCCUGACGAAGACCAUACAACACUGUCAUACAAUGACGUACAAAAACAGUUAAAAGUACCAUUUAUCAUUUAUGCAGAUUUCGAAUCUAUUUUAGUGAAUUGUGAUGAUACAGAAUUAGACCCUAGUACAAGUUUUACACAAAAAACGCAACAACACAAACCCAGUGGGUUUUGUUACACUGUAGUAUCGACUGUCGAGCAAUAUUGCUUCCCGCCUCUUCUCUAUCGCGGGGAAGAUUGUGUCGAUAAGUUUUUAGACUGUUUGAUUGAAGAACGAAAGCAGAUAGGGGAAAUCUUGAAGAUGGUAGUACCCAUGGACAUUAGUGAAGAACAGGAGCGGGAGUUUCAGGCAGCAACCCUUUGUCACAUUUGUAAUGAGGAAUUGGGUGCGGACAGGGUAAGGGACCAUGAUCAUUUGACAGGGGCGUACAGGGGGGCGACCCACAAUGACUGUAACUUGAACUACAAGUUUACAGGAAAGAUACCCGCUGUUCUUCAAAAUCUUCGUGAGUACGACUCACAUUUAAUUCUACAAAAACUCGGAAAAAUCAAGGGGGAGAAUAUUAGUUGUAUAACCAAUAAUACGGAAAAGUAUAUUUCAUUUUCAGUUGGGGAUUUAGUAUUCAUAGACUCACUUCAGUUUUUGAAUAGCUCACUAGAGAAAUUAGUAAUGAAUCUAAGUAAGGAAGGAGAUGAUAAGUUUAAGACCCUGAAGAAGUAUGUGGAGAGUGAGAAGGUAUCUCUCUUGUUGAGGAAGGGGGUGUACCCCUAUGAAUACAUGAAUAGUUUUGGCAAGUUUGAAGAAACCUGUUUACCCCACAUCGAUUGCUUUUAUAGUUCGUUGUCGGGUAGCACGAUUAUCACAAGCAGACUACGAACAUGCACAGAAUGUAUAUAG